UAAAGAGUCUCCCCCUAUCGACACAGUACAGCAGCACGGAUCACAACACGGAUCUGUCUUUGCCUAGUUCCGUCAGAGGCUAGAUCAAUCGUUCAAACCAGACAGACGAGACUACCUUUCACUUCUCCAUACAUCCCCUGUCUCGGUGCUUUGCUUAUCGGUCCGCUGCACGGCACCAAAAUCUGGCUGUCUUCGUUGAAGGACAAGGAGAGGAGGGGAAGAGCCCGGGGGAGCGGCACUGACGCAAAGCCGGCUUGGGAACGGGAAUCGCCAGAUAAUUCUGAGCUUAGCUCACAGUGAGAGCAAAACUUCCCUAAUAAAAAAAAGGAAAAGACAUCAUGAAGACUUCAGACAUUUUUCUACUGCCCUCUGUGCUCCUCACGUUCCUUUUCCACUGCUGUCUCGCACAAAGCGAAUCUGACCUCACUGUAACAACAAGGUUGGGCCGUGUGCAAGGUGUACGCUUGCCUGUUCCAGACCGGAAUCAUGUGGUCGCUUUCUUGGGCAUCCCAUAUGUUGAGCCUCCGCUUGGGAAGAGACGUUUCAGGCCAGCAGAGCCCAAAAAGCCAUGGAAUGGUGUCUUGGAGGCAAGAGACUACCCAAAUGCCUGUUAUCAGUCUGUAGACACCUCUCACCCAGGCUUUCCGGGCAUUGAGAUGUGGAACCCCAACAGAAUGAUGAACGAGGACUGCCUUUACCUUAACGUGUGGGUGCCUCCUUCCCCUAGGCCACAGAACCUCACAGUGAUGGUUUGGAUAUACGGUGGUGGCUUCUACAGUGGUUCCUCUUCUCUUGAUGUUUAUGAUGGCCGGUACUUGGCAUACUCUGAAAAAGUAGUGGUUGUAUCUAUGAACUACCGUGUCGCUGCUUUUGGAUUCCUUACACUUAAUGGUUCGUCAGAGGCACCGGGAAAUGUUGGUCUCCUUGACCAGAGGAUGGCCCUCCAGUGGGUACAAGAUAACAUUCACUUUUUUGGAGGUAACCCAAAACAGGUCACCAUUUUUGGAGAAAGUGCUGGUGGAGCCUCAGUGGGCAUGCAUCUUCUGUCACCAGACAGUCGGCAUUUAUUCACACGUGCCAUAAUGCAGAGUGGUGUUCCUAACGCACCCUGGGCUACUGUUAACUUUGAUGAGGCCCGUCGGAGGGCCACCAUGCUGGGCAAGCUCGUUGGCUGCGGUGAAGGUAAUGACACUGAGCUGAUCGACUGCCUGAGGAACAAGAAUCCACAAGAACUCAUUGAUCAAGAAUGGCAAGUACUCCCCUAUAGCAGCCUGUUUCGCUUUUCCUUUGUACCUGUCAUAGAUGGGGUGUUCCUCCCCGACAACCCCGAAGCCAUGCUCAGCUCAGGGAACUUCAAAUACACUCAGGUCCUGAUGGGUGUGAAUCAGGACGAAGGAUCUUAUUUCUUAGUGUACGGUGCACCAGGGUUCAGCAAAGACAACGAGAGUUUGAUUUCACGAGAGGACUUCCUAGAAGGUGUGAAGAUGGGGGUUCCUCAUGCUAAUGAAAUUGGCUUGGAGGCUGUUGUACUUCAGUAUACGGACUGGAUGGAUGAGAACAACCCUCAAAAGAAUCGUGAUGCCAUGGAUGAUAUUGUAGGAGAUCAAAAUGUUAUCUGUCCUCUACAGACUUUUGCAAAAAUGUAUGCCCAGCACACUGGUCUCCAUGCCCAGCACACUGGUCUCCAUAUCCAGCCAGGAGCACUACCAGGGUCACUGGGAUGGGGAAACUCUGGACCAACAGGCUACAACAGUGGCAACUCUCAUGGUGCUGUGUAUCUUUACCUGUUUGACCAUCGAGCCUCAAACCUGGCCUGGCCUGAGUGGAUGGGUGUAUUGCAUGGGUAUGAGAUUGAGUUCAUGUUUGGCCUACCUUUAGAGAAAAGGCUGAAUUACACGGCAGAAGAAGAGAAACUUAGCCGACGUAUGAUGAGAUACUGGGCCAAUUUCGCACGCACUGGUAAUCCUAACAUGAACACUGAUGGCACCAUAGACAGUAGGAAGAGGUGGCCUCAGUUUACAGCGUCUGAGCAAAAGCAUGUGGGCUUGAACACCGAGCCAAUGAAGGUGCACAAGGGUCUGAGAACACAGACUUGUGCUCUGUGGAACCGCUUCCUUCCUCGACUGCUUAACAUCACAGACAACGUUGAUGAUGUUGAACAACAAUGGAAAGUGGAGUUCCACCGCUGGAGCUCUUACAUGAUGCACUGGAAGAGCCAGUUCGACCAUUACAGCAAGCAAGAGCGCUGUGCAGAUCUCUAGAUCAAUCUGACAUAAAUGUAAGAGCGCAGAUCAAAGAAAGCAAAAGACUGAUGACCAUAUUUCUUAAUAUUUUCUUUUCAGAAUGACAAUGGUUGCCAAAGCUAAAUGAAACCUUUCCAUUCAUUAAUAUCUCUAAGCAUGAGAAUGAAUUUGUGAAUGUUGCAUUUUCAGGUUCAGUUUUAUUUUCCUGUAGAUUGUUGUUCUUAUCACAAUUAUAAUUUGUGUUUACACAAUACACACACACAAGCUGCUAUGAGAGAUUAUUAAGUGCUAUGGUCAUCAAAUAUAAAUAUAUAUAUAUACUGUAUAUAUAUAUAUAUAUAUAUGCGUUAUUACCUCUGACAAGUGAGUGUGCACGUCUGUCUUUUUCCACUCGAACCUGGAAACCUUUAUUCACUCUGGUCCUCAGGACUUUUAAAGGUUUUCUUUUUUUUGUCCUAUCCUUAUAGGCUGCUUCACCAUGUGUUUAUCUGUCCACAUCUAUUACGCUUUUUCUGUGCCCCUUUGUCCUGGUUAUUGUGUGAAUGUUUAUUGUGUGUGUCUGCCGUCUCUGCUUUCUGACUGUGGGCUAACUCAAUAUACUAAUACUUCAUGCAGGAAUCAGGAGCUAAUUCAUGUAUACUGGCCAAGUGUAUUGACUCGUGUCUCUGUGUGUGUGGGUGAGUGUGUGUGUUUAAAUGUACUUAAAUGUUUGAUCACACAUUGCAUGCAUUCUAAUGCCCACAGCAUGACUAUUUGUGUGUGUGAGAGAGAGAAUGUUUACCUUACACCCACUACUUAACAUAAGCCAGUAUAUGUGUCUACAUAUAGAAAACCACUCUUGAAUAACACCUCACCUUUGUUUAGACUUCAUAUGGGAAUUUUAUGUUUGAGAAUUUUAUAUUAGAAAGAAACAGCGGGCAAGGUGAGUAUGACUAAUGCUGUCUGUGUGCCAAAGGGUCAAUAUCAUUUUUUUUCCUUCGCUGUCUCCCUCUCUUGAUGGGAAUGGAUUCUCAUUACGAUAAUGGAGGAAGAGUAAUUUACUUAGUGCUCAUUUUAAAUGACAGCCUGCUGUGUCAGCCAUCUCUCCGGCCCCACCUUCACCCCCUCUGAUGCAGAGGGAGGAUGAUGUAGGAAAGCACAGGGAAGAUGUGAAGGGAAGAAUACAGGGUUACAAAAGCCACUCGUUUCACAUAUUUAUUGUAUUAUUUGUGUCUUUUUCUAUUUAAGUUAUUUGCAUGUUUGCAUCAAGUAUCCAAAAUCAUGUGAAGUGUUUUUAGUUUGCUUAUAUCAGAGAAUUUAUUUGUUUGUAUUUAUAACGUUUGUGGAGCUGCAUAUAUUUCCAUUUUGCCUGUGAAUCUGGAUUAUUAUUAUUAUUUUGUAUUUUACAGUGUGAAUGUAUUAUGGUCACCUGUCCCAGUUUGCAUUUUCAUGUUUAUUAUUUACAUACUGAAUUUACGGUAGUCUGUUUAUGCCUUAACCAGUCAGCCUGUUGUCACUAACUAUAUCAAUGUAUUUGUCCAGUACCAUUUAUCUACAGUUGUAGUAACAUUUUGUAAGAUCUGACUGAGAGUUGUAAUGAGACACAGUGAUUGGCAGGUCUUUGACCACACAAAAUAAUAGGUUGUCAUUAGGCAUUCGGCCUUUGAAUACGUCUAGACUAAUGUUGAUACUUAAAAAAUAUCAAAUGAAAUAAAAAUAUCUAGAAUAUUAGCUAUAAAUGAUAAAUAACUUUGAGAGCUUGUGUACGGGUCUGAAUGACGGCUGCUCUAAAGCUUCUUGUCAAGUGAGAGGCCAACAUAUCUCUUCCACAACAUGAAAUCUCCUUGUGCAUGUCCUAGACCCCCUCCUCCCACCCUGUGUUCUGUGGUUUAAAAUUGACUGUUAUUCUCUCUGACAAUAUCAGUGCUUAUGUCUAUUGUUAAUAGUACAGUUUAUAGCUAUAAAAUAUUAUGAUAGUCCAGAGAGAUAUAUUGAUGUUAGCAAUAACAAAAUACAGUUGUAUAGGAAUAUAGAUAUUUGAAUGCGGUAAUGCUCAUGUAAUGUCACUGUCUUGAUUGAUAUAAAAAAAACAGUGGUCAUGAUUUGACAACAUUGAUCAUUAAUACAGUAUAUAUCAAGCUGUUUCAUCAAAGCAAUAUAGAGUGUCAUAUGCUAUCUUACAGAUAUUAUUUAUUUUACAGAUAUAAUGCUAUCUAACAGUUUUUGUUAUGUUUUUAUUUUAUGAAGUUGCUUUAAGAACUUUGGAAUGGCUUUCGCAAUAUCAUAAAUUCAGACAUUUUUGUCAAAUGUUGCCAACAAGGGCAUCUGUAUAUUUAGAAGAUUGCACUUGGCUGAGCAAGCAUACUUUUUCUGCAUUUGUUGCACUUUGACUUCUAUGUAAUAAUAGUAAUUAUUGGUCUUGUUGUUCAUUUUAUUUGACUUUGGUCCAAAUAUUGCUGUCACUCACAUUAGUGCCAAACAUAUAUACUGACAGCAUCAUGCAAAUCUUCUGCAUAGUGUUAAUUGUCAUAUCCGCCUUGUCUGGGCACCAUAUCCAGAAACUGUCCAACCCAACCUCAAUAAACAGUUAUUGACUAUUCAAAUA